UUUUUUUUUUUUUUUCCUCUAGCUUUUUUUUUCCUAGGAAAAAAAAAAAUUUAGUAAUAAUAAUGGUCUCACUGGAAACACGAGAAAAUGUCAUAGUGGAAGAUCUGGGAUCGCCUCCCAUAACUUCUACUCAAAACGAGACAAAUAUAAGUAAUCCUUUUUAUAAUUUAAUCGAAAAACAAGCAAAAGAAUUUGAGGAGUUUGGUAAACGUAUGAGUUUAGAUUUACAAAAUACUUACAGAGAAUAUUUAAUUCAACAAACCGAUAUUAUAAAAGAGAACACGAAUCCUGUUGAAACGGAAAAUGUUUGUAAUAAACAUGAUGAAAUAAUCGAUUCUCAAUCACAAUUAAUCGAUUCUUUAAGAGCUCGGGUUGAAAUUUUGGAAACUGAUCAUCUUAUUAAAGAACAAGAUUUUAGAAAACUUCGAAAUGAAUUUAAUGAUUUCAAAAAGGAAAUCCAAUCAAUUCUAUCUAUAUCAACAGCUACGGCAGCUACAUCAUCAGCUGCACAGGAUAAUAAGGAAAAUUCUUCUUUAUAUACGAAUGAAAAUGUCGUCAAAGAUUCGGAUAUUACACCAAUUCAAUCUGAAGAACCAUUAAAAUUUGUGUAUGAUGAAGAGGAAAUAUCUGAUUAUAAAAAUGUUGAUAAAGAAAAUAUAAAACCUAAUCAACCGUAUUCUGAUGGUCAUGAAAAACAACUGUAUUCUGAUGAUCAGGAUCAUGACAAAGAAAUUUUCGCUAAAUCUCAAGCAGCUUAUCAAAACCAUCUUAAGGCUGAAUUUGAAACACCUUAUCCUUAUCAAGAAAACGAAGAAGAAGCCGUGGAAUUUGAAACUUCUUUUCAUUACACUGAUAAUUAUGAAGAUGAAACCUCAUAUCAAUAUGUUCCCAGCUAUGAUAAUUACGGUUAUGAUAAUUACGAUUCAACGUAUUUGCCUUCAUCAUCAUAUCAACAAUACAAUAAUGAUGAUGCUUAUCAGAAUGGUUAUGAUUCAACGUAUCUUGGAUCUUCAACAUCUUAUCAACGAUUUAAUGAUGGUAAUUCUCAUAUCCCAAAUUUUACUUUUAAUAACAUUCCACAGGGAAAAACAUCAAAAUCUCAAAAAGCAAAUAUAAAAAUUCAUGCCAAAGUUGAAGAAAUCCUUAAUAAUUUAAAUAAUAGAAGGAUUCUUGAUCAUACAUUCAAACCUUUACGACAAACUUUUAAUAUAAACCAGCUCUUAAAAUAUGAAAAGUCAGACUUAUUUAAUCCUUUAAGUAGUAAAACAAAAAGUUCUAUUAGAACCUCGAUUAAUGACGAGUUAAGAGAUGAAUUGUCCGGUAAGAAGAAAAUGACACAACCAAUUAGUGUUUAUGUAAAUAGAAAUAUUGUUCCUUCUUUACCACCUGGUAUUAAAAGUUAUACUGAAUUUGGGAGGACUUCUCAAUAUAAUCGUUUAUCUAGCGAAAAAAAGAAGAGAAUUCAGAAAAUUAUUUCGAAAGAAAAAAUAUGUUAAUAAAUAAAUCCUUUAAAUUGUAUAAUUAUUAUUUUUUUUUUUUAAUCUAAUAAAUUAUUAUUAUCAGUUAUGUAAAUUAUCGAAUUUAAUGUGACGGAUGCAAUAUAAACUUUUUCCGUGAUUCCUUUCAAAACAAAAU